AUGGAUACGGGAGAGUGCUGCGUGGCCCAAACGCCCAGUGACCAGAUCGUCCCUCAACAUCCAGGAGUUGAUUGCUGGGCUACUAGCAGCAGCAACUCUCAACCGUUUGUCGACGCUUGGCUACUUCAAAUGCAGAUCACCAACAUCCAACAACAUACCAACGAAUAUGAUCCCCAUGAUCCUAAAUGCAUUCUUGAAACCAAUUAUAUGAGCUUAUGUCAUACGCCAUUUCAAAAAAUAUUCAGAACGUCUCAUAAAACCAACAAAGUGCGUAAAAUUUUUAAUGCACAUCUUGAUGUAGUCCAUGAUGCAGUUUUAUUUUAUUGCACUGUGUAUGAUUCUACCUUACAUAGGCUCUACGAAGAUGUUCAACUUCCCCUAAGCUACGUCUAUAUCAAACCAUACUCCGGAAGGCAGUAUAAUACUCUAUGGCUUAAGGAACAUCAUAUCAACACUGAUGAGAAGGGGUAG